UCAUUAAAGAUGACAUGGAAGAGGAGCAGUAUAAUGCAAAUGUGUAGAUUUCUUCUCUUAGUAAUUUUAUUUCUGCCACAUGAGAUAACAAGUUCUUUUUUAACUGUGAAUGGUAAAACUGAGAACUAUAUCUUAGAUACUUGGAAUGGCUCCCGAGAAUCUCUGGAGUGUGCUGUUCAAAACCAUACCGGAGAGGAAGAACUUCUCUGGUAUCGAGAAGAGGGGAGAGUGGAUCUGAAACCUGGAAACAAAAUCAACUCCAGCUCUGUCUGUGUCUCUUCCAUCAGUGAAAAUGACAACGGAGUCAGCUUUACCUGCAGGCUGCAGAGGGAUCAGACGGUGUCCAUUUCAGUGGUGCUGAAUGUUAGCUUUCCUCCUCUCCUAAGUGGAAACGACUUCCAAACAGUUGAGGAAGGCAGUAACGUGAAGUUGGUCUGCAAUGUGAAGUCCAACCCCCAGGCUCAAAUGAUGUGGCACAAAAACAGUAGCAUCCUGAAUUUAGAGAAAAACCAUCACCAAAUCCAACAGACAAGUGAGUCUUUUCAGUUGUCGAUCACCAAAGUGAAGAAAUCUGACAAUGGAACCUACACCUGUAUUGCAAAUUCACCUCUGAAAAGGGAGAUCAAAAAGGACUUUCACCUGAUUGUGAAAGAUAAGACGAUGGCUGUACCAAUAGAACCCAUUAUUGCUGCCGGUGUUGUGAUCUUUCUCACACUGUGCUUUGGACUGACUGCUAGAAGAAAGAGAAUAAUGAAGCUCUGCAUAAAGGAUGAAGUCCCUCACAGAGAAACAGCUUUAUGAGAAAACUGAGAUGCCAUCUAAUACAAGAAGAGUUUUGCAUCAGGACCUCC